ACGAUGCUUCGCCGGUGACGAUGGCAGAGGGGCGGGGUCUGUGAGCUCGGUGCUGGGACAGGACGAAGAACGACGAGCACCCGGCAGCUGUAACCCCCUGUGCUUCUCCGCUCACCUCCCCGCCCGGCUCAAUGGCGAGGCCGCCAGUCCCAGCGCUGGUACUGCUCAUCCUGUGUGCCCUUCCAGCGCUGAGCCGGGCCAUACAGGAGGAUGAAGGGACACACAGGGAGCCGCCGCUGCCGCAGAGACCGGAGCCGGUGGCCCGGGCCGAGAAAAUGCCAAGUCCCCCUCCUGCUAUGCAUGCUGGGAAUAUCGAGUUUGCUUCCACUGGUAACUUGGGCUUCAUCCAUGCCUUUGUCGCGGCGAUAUCUGUCAUCAUUGUUUCAGAGCUGGGAGACAAAACCUUUUUUAUAGCCGCCAUCAUGGCAAUGCGUUAUAAUCGGCUGACUGUGCUGGCCGGAGCCAUGCUGGCUUUAGGACUGAUGACUUGUUUAUCAGUUCUCUUUGGAUAUGCUACCACAGUCAUCCCCAGGGUGUACACGUACUAUGUAUCCACGGCACUGUUUGCAAUAUUUGGAAUUCGAAUGUUAAGGGAGGGGUUAAAGAUGAGUCCUGAUGAAGGCCAGGAGGAACUAGAAGAAGUGCAGGCAGAAAUUAAACGAAAAGAUGAAGAACUUCACAGAUCAGAUGUGGAAACAGGAGGGGGACCCGCUGUCCCCAAGAAGAGGUGGAUGCAGUUCAUCUCUCCUAUCUUUGUCCAGGCGUUUACCUUGACCUUCUUGGCAGAGUGGGGGGAUCGAUCACAGCUUACAACCAUUGUCUUGGCAGCUAGAGAAGAUCCUUUUGGUGUGGCUGUUGGGGGAACCAUAGGCCAUUGUUUAUGCACUGGAUUAGCAGUUAUUGGAGGGAGGAUGAUCGCACAAAAAAUUUCAGUGCGGACUGUGACAAUCAUCGGUGGCGUGGUGUUCCUGGCUUUCGCGUUCUCUGCUUUAUUUAUAAGUCCAGAUUCUGGUUUUUAGCUCCUUCAAUCUGAAAUGAUGGA